AUGGUUUGUCAUAAGUAUAACAUAACCUAUAAAGUGCCUUUUUCUUAAGUUUGUUUUUAUUUACAACUUUUUCAUUUAAAACUAUAAACUCACUUAAUAUAGCGAAAAAACCACAAUGAAUAAAGAGGAUAUUGCCUACGCGGAUGAUCGAGACAGAUUAAUCAUCCGUAACUCCAUAAAAUACCUUCAUAACCUCACUUUUAUGGACCCCCUAAAUGUACCAACACUAAAAUCCCUCUACAGAACAAACUGUAGACUAAUGGAACUGCGAAGACACAUGUUCUUACCAGAAAAGAAAUCUUACGAGAGGUGCGAGAGGUGUUUCAUGAACUUUUCAGAGGGUGACACCACAAACAUUGAAAUUCAACCAGUAAAGUUGACUGCUUUCGCCAAAAAGUUAAUUAAUAAAGUCAAGACGAAAGGGACAAACAGUUUAACACCUUAUCAGAAGAUUUAUUAUAAGAAACUGUUCAGGGAGCACAUUACCGAGGUUAAAAGGCAAAAUAAGUUGGUGAUAACUUGUAGCUUUUGUAAGAAACCAAGUGAAGUGCUCUUGGACAAACCUAAACUGCCAAAAGUGGCACAAACCCCCCAAGAACAACCUAAAAAAAAGAAAAAGAAAAAAAAGAAAAAAGACAAACUAUGCGGCCUAAAUGAAAGUGUUGUAUUUGUAUCAUCCACAAAAGCCCCAAGACCCAAAAAACCGACCAACGAGAACUCCGAUACUGUACCAUCAAUGUCACCCUCAAAACUGAACCAAACAGUGUCGAUGAGCAACAUUAGGGCCUUACAACCUGCAGGAAGUUUGAAGCGAAAAGGGAAAAAGCAGAAACAAAACUUGAAAGUGUCAAAGAAGAAACCUGCUUUGGCCCCAAAACAGUUACAGCCAUCGACCUCUAUCUCGAAAGCGAAAGACCGAUUAAAACAGAAAAGUCUGAAUACUUUGAGUGAAUUAUUGAAAAACGGUGGUGCUGAGAAAAAACAGUCAAAGUUAAAGCAAUUUUUAGAUAGUUUGUAAGAGUUUUGUAAAUAAUAAACCUUCAAAAAGA